AUGACUGACACUGUAGUACUGUCUUCCUCGUCGGCCUCUUCUCCCAGCGGCAUCAAGAGACGUCGGGUUGAAGGACCCACCUACCAUGCUUCGUACCCUGUCGAACCUCCUGCCUAUCGCCGAUUCGCUACCAAGACGCCCGACGCUGUAGUCCAUCGCUACAGCAUCACACCAAAGUCCCAUACGCCGUCUGUUCGCGAGACGCACACGCAACCGCCAUCAAGAGCCAGGACUCCAUCAGACCAAGAUGCUUCGAUUGUCUUGGUCGGCACAAAGGGAAGCGGUCUUUCCUCAUUCGCCGUCAUCGCUGCCACUGCCUUGCGCUAUCGCUUGAUAGACACCGAGAGCUGGCUCGUUGAGCAUUACCGCAUGAAGAGGUCGGAAUACAUCAAGACGAGAGGGUUGAGUGCCUAUCGCAAAGUGUCAGCCAAGGCCUUGGAGGAUAUACUACAUCAACACGGUACGAGGUGUGUGCUCGUCUGCGGUCCUGAAGCGCUCGAACCGCAUUGUCAAGCUCUCAUCCGUACCUUCGCCUCCACACAUCCCGUCGUCAUGAUCAAUCGCGACCUCCCCGUGAUUAGAGAGUACCUCGGCCUUCCAGACACUAGCGAAGUCUUGCAAAUCCUUGGACAGGGACGCCAACUUUGCCGUCGGAUAUCCAAUCAUGAAUUUUACAACCUACCCGAGAGUGAGGCCGCCAGUCCGCUCUCCGCCGAGCUGUGCCGGAACCUCAGAGGUCGAGGUGAACUCCACAAUCCGCCUCAGCUCCUACAAAAUGUCAAACAAGACUUUUUGCAUUUUCUGAGUCUGUUGGCCAGAACCCCGCCGCGCACAGGUUCCUUGCUUGGUCCUGCACCACCGUCAGAGCGUGAUUUCUCCACAUCGUUGCUGUUGCGAUUAGAAGACAGUGCUGAUACAGACUUCAGCCUUGUCGACCUGAACCGUGGCACUGAUGCAGUUGAAUUAGUCGUACCAUCUCGUCCGUCGCAGCAGACUCCGUGCCAGAAAGAUCGCAUCAGUCGUACACUCCAGAUGAUCCGACGGCAUUCAGAAGCUCCCGUGCUUUAUCAUGUUGAGUGUCAAGACCCGGGUCUGCUUUCACCUAAGCAGAUGUAUCUCGAUCUGCUAUAUCAUGGGCUUCGUCUCAUCCCUGAUUUCAUCACGAUAGAUCUCGACUGUACAGAUCGUCAGAUCCGUGAUUUGACAAGCUCGGCGACUCGAACGCAGAUCAUUGGGCAUCGCUUCUACUCCAUGUCACGCUCUUCGGUCUGGUCAGAUCCGGCUUUACAUAAGGACUUCGACCGUGCGGUUACACUGGGCUGUCAUGUUGUUCGCUUUGUCUGCCAGGCGAAAUCGGCAUCAGAAGAUAGAGCGUGCGCUUUGUUCCAAGCCGCAAUCGCUUCCAGAUCCAAGACCCCUCUCAUAGCUUAUACCACUGGCAUCCAGUCCAGGUCGUCAAUGGUGCUCAAUCCGUGUCUGACACCGGUUCGACAGCCAGAGUUACCGAGCUCGGAUCCAAGCCUGUCCCUUCUCACCUUCAAGCAACUCAUGAGAGCGAAAUUUUCGAGCUUCAUUUAUCAACCCUUGCAUUUUCACAUCUUUGGCGCAAGUAUCGACUACAGUCUGUCGCCCAUGAUGCACAAUGCUGCCUUUGAAGCCCUGGCCAUGGAUCACAACUAUUCUAUCAAGCAGUCUCACGACCUGCGUGACUUCAACACCCUCGUAGACGACUCAUUCGGAGGUUCGAGUAUCAGUCUUCCCUUCAAGUCUGAGAUUCUAGCGCAGCUAGACUCAACAAGCGAGGCGGCCAAGGCGAUACAAGCCGUCAACACGCUAUUGCCAUUGAGAGCUGUGCCAGAUGGAGACAAGGCCACAGCAGACCCGCUAUGCCGAUCGCACAAGAACAGAGCUGGACCAGUCGUCGGGCUUUACGGCGAGAACACAGAUUGGACUGCAAUUUAUACUUGCGUAUCUCGAUAUCUCUCGCCAGCGAACACUAUUCAGUCCAGCUCUUCGGCCCUCAUCGUUGGCGCCGGCGGUAUGGCUCGAGCUUCAGUCUACGCCUUAUUGCAGAUGGGUGUGAGAAACAUUGUGCUGUGGAACCGGACACACGCCAAAGCUAUUCGGGUUGCAGAACAUUUCACUCACCUCUAUAACGAGCCUCAUUCCAGACUAUUCAACCAAGCAUCUACGGAUCAAGGUUGUCGUAUUGAGGUCGUCGAGACGCUCAACUCGCCUUGGCCAGAAGGGCUUGCUCAACCGACGAUCGUAGUGUGUACUAUUCCUGCGCAUCAAAUUGGAGACGCACCACCUCCUGAGUUCCAAAUUCCCCAGCAAUGGUUCCAGAGCAGGACUGGAGGAGUCAUUAUCGAGGUAGACAAGCUUUCGUACAAGUCAGCAUGGACGCCUCUGCUGCAACAAGCACAUGAUCGAGCGCAUAGAGGUUGGAUCUGCGUUGAGCCUCUGGAGGUCUUGAUUGAACAGGGUCGUGCUCAGUUCGAGAUCUUCACAGGGUAUCCGGCGCCUCAAAGGGUGAUGAAGGAUGGUAUCAUGGAAAAAUAUCUAGCGAUGCACGCUGUCCAAGAUGAUAACUGA